AUGCAGGCACAGCUGGCGUGUAUGCUCCUUCUCUUUUUCACAUGUGGGGGACUUUGUACAGAUGUGGACCAGGAGCAGCGAGCACUGGAGGAGGAGCUGCUCAGCAGUCUCUUCACUUCUAAGAUGAGACAGAACAAGCAGAGUGCCCCCUACUGGCGUAUGUCCCUGUCCAACCUGUGCAGGAUGGUGAGCAGCCUGAGGCAGGAGACGUGGAGCGGUGAGGAGGCCGAGCUGAGGGGAGAGAGCCUCCAGAUGCUGGAGGAGCUGUACAGCCUGCAGCACAUCUGCAGAGCACUGCAGAGCCGAGAAGAGAGGCUACUUCACGACUCUCUAGAAUAUUUAGAGGAGAACAGUAACACUCUGCUGAAGCGAAAAUCUCCCUACAUCCUAAAGAGGCAAGCGGCGCACACCACCAAGUCCCGGAGGCCAUACAUCUUAAAACGGAGUACGGUUUACUGA